AACCUGCCUGCCGAGUUUUGAUCAUUUCCUGAUUCUGGUUUCAAAAUAUCAAGAGCAUGCAAGCUCUAUUACGCUCAUUACCAAGGCAUUUGUCCCGCCACAACCGACCAACCAUUCCAUCAAUACUUUCGGCUCCCCUAUCGACAUGUCCAUCAUUGAGAAAACGACAAGAGAAGGGUCCGGAGUUGUUAUACCCUGACGCUCCAUCAACAAACCACCAUGACAUUACAUCAUUUCUUGCAUACGCAAGUCGUACCGGGCUUGAUGUGGCAUCAACGGUGUACGUCGGAACUCACUAUGAGUACACAGUCUCCUCAACACUCGCCCAAUACGGCAUCCACGCCAAGCGUGUAGGCGGAGCAUUCGACCAAGGCAUUGACCUCCUCGGCACCUGGAGUCUUCCUUCACGAACUGAGAAUCUGAAGGUCAUAAUUCAGUGUAAAGGGGGUGCCCAACGCGUCGGCCCCUCGAUAGUCAGGGAAUUGGAAGGUUCCUUCAUCGGCGCCCCUGUGGGCUGGCGUGGUGAAGGAGUCAUUGCCUUCCUGGUUAGCGAGAAGCCGGCAAGCAAGGGCGUACGAGAGUCUCUGGGACGGAGCCGCUGGCCCAUGGGAUUCAUCUCGUGCUCAAGGGAAGGGGUUGUGCAGCAGAUGCUCUGGAAUCAGCGAGCGGACGAGGAGGGUCUGCGAGGUAUUGGCGUGACGAUGCGUCAUGCCGAGGAUGGGGAGGACGGGUCGCAGAUUGUCUUGACUCACAACGGAAAGCGAAUCCCGAACGGCCCGAAGGUGGACGUCGCCGAGAGCGGCUGAAGUCCCGGCUCAACCAUCAAGCAUCCAACCGAAGCCAACAGUGAGGUACACCGCGCGGGAGUUGGAAUAAGCUCGCUGGGAGGCACUCGUCAGGAAUCAACGCAGAGGCGAGAGUGUCAUAUAUCUUCACUAAAAAUGAAGAGUUCAGUGGCUAUGGAGUGACGAGAUAUCAUUGCAAACAAACUCCCCACGCAAUAUCUCUUGGCACAACAGAGACAGCCUAGCAGUGCAGAGUCAUGGAACUCAGACGUUUCUAUCUGUG